AUGGGUUGUAAGUUCACGAAGGUCAGGGAUCAGCGUUCCUGUGAUGACGACGGGAAGAUUUCGGAAGUGAUUAGCCAAAGUUCUAGUUUUACGGACUCAAAGAAAGAUUUGGAGUGUCACAAUGCGCCAGUCACAAGAGAAAUUGUAGAGAAAUGUCAACUGGCAAUAUCGGAGACCAAUUCAGAGGAGGACAAAGUGUUAAGUUUACACAUGUGCCCUCCCUUUCACAUGGACGGAAAUUCAGAUUCAGGGACCGUUGCCACAGAAAGUGAAAUGGACAUAAACUUCUUCGAGGGAGAGGAACGCAUGGACCGUAGGCCAGGGACAUCAUAUAGUGAUGUAUCAUCCUUGUCAGUGCAAAGUCGGUAUCCUUCCACCAUUUCAUCACGACUUUCCAACUUCUUUCGAAUGGGGAAACGGAGUAGGAUUCCUACACAUGGCGAUGUGUCAGUGGAUGAGGACAAUGGAGAAGAUGGAAAUGAAGACGAUAUAUCAUCAAGCGGAUGCGAGGGGUCGCCUUCACCUAGGCACACGGAUACGAUAGAUCAUGGACACCAAACCACGGACAACAUCUUAGAAAAAGAUGAAAUGCCAGAUCUCGAUAUAGAAGACGAUGGAAGGCCAUCCUCCUCUAGCAGCGAAGAUUCCGUUUUGCCUCCACAAAGCAACUGCCGCGUUGUAGCCAGGCCUAACGCCGCAAUAGGAACAAGAAGUGUUGUCCAAGCGGCACCAGAUCCGGCCGAGAUUGCUCACCAUAUUGUAGAGUUCGAAGCAGAAGUUGAGCAACUUACUGGUUCACAUGCUGUAGCGACAAGAGAUUACAGAAACAGACAACUUCGACCAAGGGGUGCACGUGGGCCCCGUUUGCCGUCAUUUAGCCUUCAUUUCCAGAAUCCGAGAUCAAACUCCAGGACUAUGGUGGAAAGUGAGAGGAGGUAUAGCAAACAUUUUGCCGAUAGUGUGAGUCGCCCCCAACUGACUGUGCGAGGUUUGACCGCAACAAACGACUGUCUCACUCAAUGGAUGGUCAGCCAACAGAGGAGGGAUCCCGAACAUUUAUAG